CCCGGGGGCGGCGCUCUCCGCUGCGCCAGCCCCGCUUCUCGGCUGCGAGCGGGCGGGCGGGCGGUCACGCAGCCGGCGGGGGCGGGGAGUGUGGCCCCAGCGGUCGGCAUGAACCCCGGGUGGCCGGCGCUGCCCGCGGCGGGGUGGAGGUACAGACCCUGCGUGGACUGGGCUCCCGCCCCUAACAGGGAGCCGCAGGGCGAGUAGUGCUGCUGUGGCUGGGCCAGCCACCUUCGGGUUCAUGUGCCACUGCCGGCCGGGACUGCUGCUUCUGUCGCCGGGCCCAGCUCCCCCAGUCUUGUGGCCGCUUCCGCUGCUGCUCCGUCGCCCUGCCGUAGGACGGUCCCGCUCUCUUCGCUCUGAAAAGAAUGGCCGUGACUCUAGAUCAGGCCCGACGGGUGGGCUAUACCUGUCUGAAAGCACUCCUCAGGUUCGCUUUUAUGGUCGCCAAUAACCUGGUUGCUAUUCCGUCCUACGUCUUGUAUUUAAUUGUGCUGCAGCCUCUCCGACUGUUGGAUAGUAAAACCUUCUGGUAUAUCGAAGGAGUAUUAUUUAAGUGGCUAUUAGCUAUGGUGUCUUCCUGGGGCUGGUGGGCAGGAUAUACAGUAGUGGAAUGGGGUGAUGAUGUCAAAGCAGUAUCAGAAGAUGAAGCCAUGGUGCUGGUGAACCAUCAAGCAACUGGUGAUGUCUGCACUCUGAUGAUGUGCCUUCAAGAUAAAGGCACGGUUGUCCGUCAGAUGAUGUGGCUGAUGGAUCAUAUUUUUAAGUACACAAACUUUGGCAUUGUGUCUCUAAUCCAUGGAGACUUCUUUAUAAGACAGGGGAAAGCACACCGCGACCAGCAGCUUGUAUUACUGAAGGAGCAUCUGGAAAAGUAUUACAGGAGCCGCAACCGGAAAUGGAUUGUUUUAUUUCCAGAGGGUGGCUUUCUGAGGAAAAGGAGAGAGACAAGCCAAGAAUUUGCCAAGAAAAACAAUUUGCCAUUUCUUAAACACGUCACCCUGCCGAGAACUGGGGCAACACAAGUAAUCCUGAAAACGCUUGUAGCGCCUCAAGAAAAUGGGACUCCAGCAGGUAGAGACACUGUGAGAAAAGAGCAUAAAUUGAAAGGUCUCCAGUGGGUGAUAGAUACAACCAUUGCGUAUCCCAAAGGUGAACCCAUAGACAUCCAAACUUGGAUUCUCGGCUACCGGCAACCAACAGUCACUCAUGUACAUUACAGGAUUUUUCCUGUUAAAGAUGUCCCUGCAGAGCCUGAGGCUCUUACACACUGGCUGUAUCAACGAUUCAUUGAAAAGGAGGAUCUUUUGACACAUUUCUAUGAAACAGGAGCUUUUCCUCCACUGCAGGGUCAAACAAAAGCUAUUUCUCGGGAGAUGACCCUCAGUAACCUGUGGCUAGUUGGCAUCCAAUCCCUUGCGUUUUUGUCAGGUGGUAUGUGGUACUGCAUCUUACGGUAUUUUUAUCAUUGCCUCUUUUAAAAGUGGACUGGGACCUGAGGACACAAUGGGAAUCCAGGCUCUUGCAAACGAGUAUCAUGUUGUAUGUGCAAAUGUGAAUAUCCAAGGGCAAAGGAAAAUACUGGACAGACUCUUACUUCUCUCUGGGGAGAAGUUUUAAACUCCACUGGAAGCGAAGCUCAGUAACCUAGCGACCUGAUGAUGUAUUAUUUUAACAGUUGUCUGUAUUUUUAAAGAUGUAUACUGUCACCCACACGUAAGCAAAUACAGCAUUUGGACAAAAGGUGCAAUCCUUAUAACCACCAUAGAAGAAUGUCUGUGACAAGAAAAUUCUGCCACUGCAAGUAUUUCUUGGCAUUGUAGUUAGAGCUCAGAAAAUCCAGCUACUUGUCUCUUCAGUAGUCUGUAAAGCGUUGGUGUGGUAGAGAUUCCUCAUUUGCACAACUUGUACUUUAUUGCAACUCAUUGUGCUGGAGUCAAAGAUACUUGACAGAGCUGGUGGCAGUAUCUUUGUGACUACGCAGUCAGCAGUUGUUGUAUUAGGCACAUUGAUCUAAAAUCAAGACCCAAAUGAGAUCCACAUCGAGUGUCUUUUGUGAGGAACUGGUCCUCAAAAACAGUUGCAGCAUCAUAGUGUUGAUUAAAAGCUGUCCACAUUCGAUGAAUCAGCCCAUCCCUGAUGUGGUCUUAGCAUCAGCUCUCUGAAUUCUGUGUGCUACUGGUAUCUUGCAUUAUGAGGAAACUUGGAAAUUAUGAAGUCAUUUGGUUUAUUUUCCUUUCAGUUCAGAAUGCAUCUCAGUGAUCACUAUCAGUUUUCAAAAUGCACUUUUAUAGGUGAAAACACAGUGAAGGAAAGACAUAAACCUUAGGGAAUAAGGAAAAGCUUUAUUUGUCACACGUUGCAAGUCAGAGCAGUUGUAGCUGUUUCUGAAGGUCUGCUGGUGCUGCUGGUGAUUUUUUUUAGCCACCUACAUAUUUUGUGCACUGCAAUCCAACCAAGGUGACCUUUGAGCAGUUUAUAGAGGCCUUUAUCUCCCCUGCUGGUUGCAGCAGCACUAAAUAUGCUUGUGGGAGAAUCAAAAUAAUUCAAUGCCAACCAUCUUAAUGUUUUGCUAAAGAAUAAUAGAAGAAAAAGUAGUUUCUUACAAAGAAAAGAUAGCUGUAACAAAAAAAAGGUAAACACUCAAUAACUAUGUGGAGGGCAGCAUUGAUUAGUUCACCACCAUGCUAAAAUAUUACCAAAGGAAGGAUGAGCUGAAUUCAAAGGCAGACUGGAACAGAGGAUACUUGGAAAUGUGAGCACAGGAUACUUCUGAAAGGCUGUUGAUGAUGUAAGGUCUCACUUCUGGCAGAUCUAGCUGGCAUCGAACAGAAUGUGAUUAUAGGCAGAUUUGAGGGCGCUGUUCCUAAAAUACAACUAAUCUCUCUAAAUACAGGCAGGAUAGCCAGAACUUCAGAUGUUGGCAUGCUGCCUUUUACAGAGUAAUUUCCCUGAGAACAAAGUAAGCCCUCAGUAGUUUUGGCUCUGAGUUAGCAAAAUUGAUCUCCCUUCUCUCUCCCUCUCCUGCUACAUGAAUCGCAGUGAGUGGUGUGGCGGAGUACAAAACCUAGGCAGUGUUCCCUUCAGUGGGGAUGUAGUGAAGAACAUUAUAUCAAAAUAUGAGGCAGUGCCAAUUUCCCUGGCUUAAUGGAAAAUACACAAGCAAACAUGCCUUCCCUGUCUCCUCCCAAAAGCAGUGGGUUUAUCUUAAAGUAGCUUAGUGGGGAUGGUUGUAAAAUAAGACACCUUGAACUGAGUCCCCUCAUGGACUGAGAGCCACUGCAGCUGGAAGGCAGAAGACUGCGUUUGCCCACAGCUUCAUGGUUUAGGUAAGAUACUGUUUCUAUAUCCCAUGUCUUUACCCACAGUCACACGCUUGAAUUCUGGUGCAAUGUAAAAUGCAUUUUAAUAGAGGCGUGCCCUGACAGGGAGGCAGGAUUCAAAGCUCUUGGUUUGUUUUUUCUUCUGUUGCUCUUGCUAUAGUACAGCUGAUGGAAUGAAUGUAUUUAAUCUGUUAUUUCACAUGAGAGGGUUGUGGCAGCCCAGCACCAGUACCAUGUAAGUGGUUUUGUCUGCUGCUCAUGGGCCUAAAUGGGCUCUGCCAUCUGCAUUUUGCAGUUUGGAAGCUUUUUAUUUCUGUCCUCCACCAGGUGGUUUGAUCACAAUCACAGAGAUGCCCGUAGUACAGCUGGUUUUAUUUUGAGCUAGGGCAGACUGGAGUGGUAUAAAAAGGGAAGUUUAUAUAAGCAGAUUGCACAGCAGUAACUCACAUCAGGAGAUUGUUCUUUAUAGACCCUGUGAACUCCACAUUAGAGCAUGUUGCUUUUUCAAAUGCAGUUUGGGUUUUUUGGGGGGAUGGGGGCUGGUGUUUGGGUUUAUUGGGUUUUUUGUUUGUUUGUUUUGCUUCUUUUUCUUUCUAGUGAAUUGGAGUCAAUACUAAGUGUUCACAGACUGCCUAAGGAAAUUGGUACUGCGCAAUAAUGUUCAGAUAAUGAUUUGGUUUAUCUGGUCCUGUUCAUUUUCACUUUGUUCAGUAGUCCUUACUGUUGAGGGACAUUUGUUUUCAAGCACUGACUGUUGUUUUGGUAAGGUGAAUACAUGGUGUUAGGUCUUAGGCUUCUUUCCCACACAGUGUUAGGUCUUGGGCUUCUUUCCCACCUGCACUGGAAAAACGUGAAGACCACUGCCUGAUGUUGUGUCUCCUUAUGGCUGAGUUGCUGUAGAUGACAGUGGAAUGACGCUGUGAGAAACUCCAAAGUACCUUCCCAGCAUGAACUUGGACGCGGCCUCAUGAAAGAGAAUAAAGUGGAUACAAAGUUUUCUAUUAAGGCAAGAAACCAAAAUGGAUCCAAUACUUGGGAAAUUCUGUACUAAAAGUAACAUGCUGGUGAAGCCUGGUUGUAGGCUAGCUGCAGUUUGGUUUUACCCUCUGGCAGCCAGCCAGUGCUGCAGAUGUAGUGGGCAGUUUGCUGCGCUAUCCCUGGGCUUCCUCUUCAGAAGAGUUCAAAAUGCAUUUGAUAGAAGGUUAUGUUAAUGAAUGAUGGAGUGGAUCACAGAAUGAUUAGUUGACAUAACUUCAAACUGGUAUUAGGGGAAAUGUAAUAGAAGAAUGUAUAACAGUGAGUGAAAAAGUCACAGGAAAAAACCCAACCACCAGCUGAAAGCUUUUGCACACAGAAGUGAGAACAUUGCAGUUGAAGUGUAUUGCAAAUAAAGAUGGUUCUCUGCCAGGGCUGCACACAAAACACCUGUAGGCUUUGGUGUGUAAUUGCUCAUAACCGAGUUGUUGCAGUUGAAGUGGUGAUGGCUUAGCAUCAGCGAGCUCGGCGGUAUGAAGAGUCUCUGCCCGUUCGCGCACGGUGUUCUCUGCAGCGCCCUUUGGUGAGCCACCUUCCACAUGAGCUCUAGCACGCCUUGCAACGGUGAUGCAUCUUGCAGGAGGGACUUCCUUUGAGAUGCUCUCACCAAAUUUUGAAAAGCAACAUUUCAGCUGACCUUGCUCACUGGGAAGGUCAAUUAAAAGCUUCUUACUCUCUUUUCUGCCCUCAGCAUCAAAACCAAGCUGUGUGUAACUGCAGUAGAAUACAGAGAUCACUGUGGUAUUGUUCAUUACUCACUUGUUUUGAAAAGGAUGUAACUUUUUUUUUGUCUGACACUGCCAUAAAGUGCUGUUAACUUUUUUCACCUCUUUGUACAAGACAAUACAGAUACCAAUCACUGUGUGUGACAGGAUUCAGCUGCUCCACUUUGCCUUGACAUAAAUUUUUUGGGACCAAAGGUACUUAAAAAUGGGAUUUCUAGAUCCUGAGGCUGGGGUUUGGGUGCAUUCUCUUCAUAGUCAGCUGGAGAUUUUGUGGUGGUCUGAUAUGAUCACACAAAACAAGUCUACAUCUGGGAUACUCUAUUGUUUGAAAAAUAAUGGAGCCAUAUGAAAUAAAAGGGUUAUUUUGAAAAAUUGCAUAUUUCAUAGUUUUUACACUUUUUAUUAACCAGAACAAUUGGAAGAGCAAAAGUGAAAUGUGCUCUGGAUAAAAAUGUAUGCAUACAUUAUGAACGCUUCAAGCAGCUUUAUUUUCUCUCUGCAAAAACUAUCGACUACCUGGCUGUGAUACAAAAGUAAGUCUUUAAAAGGAUUCUAUGCAGUGAAAGUUAGACCUUUCAUUUUAUCAUUGGAUAAUGAAGUCAUUAGUUACUGAACCACUGUCCUAUUAAAAUGAGUUAGCUCCUUGAACACCAGUUGUGUAGGGUAAUUUUGUUUUGUAUGAUGAAAAUUAGCUUUCUUGAUAGUUAUUUUCACCUCCAGUUUUGUCCUUCUCUCCUGUGUUACUUGUGUUUUUGUUCUGUAUGAUGAAAUGGAUGAAGAAGCCUGUAGAGACUCAGUGAUUUUGCAAGGAGCUGGCCCUGUUUGGAAUUAUUUUACUGCAUUUAUUUCAUUGAAUUUUUAAAUCUUUCCAGCAGCCAAGAUCUCCUCUGGAAAUGUAGAGAGAUACCAGCAGGAGCAUUUCUCUACAAUAUUUCCUAGGUGUCUUUUUUUCCUUUCCUUUUUUUUUGUGUGUGUGGCAAAAAUAAAGUUGAUUUUGGUUUUGGUUGCCUUUCCACCCCCCCCCACCCCCCCCCCAGUAUUAUUUCACCUGCUUCAGCUCCUUAAUAGACAUGAGAUGCUGUUCUUGGGUUGUAUUUAUUGUGUUUGUGAUAGAUAACACGUUCUCUCUUGUGCUGACCAUAAACACAACAACUAGCAUAGUGAACUGAAGUUAGUUUGCAGCAGCAGUGUUUAUUUGUGAUAGAUAGUGUUGCUUAUUGGAGCUCUCCUCAGGAAGGAUACCAAGACAAUGUUUCUAUGCUAAAAGUGGUAACUGCAGGAGCAGAGCGCUAAGGAGGAGGUGGGAAAGCAGCUUCUGCAGCCCUCACUCACUCCAGCAUCUGCUGGAACCUGCCAGCACUUAGGCAGCAAAGUUUAUCCACCAGUCUCUGCACAGCAAUGAGUCUUCUUAAAGUGUGAGGGCAUACCAAGAGCAGAUCCUGGGACCCAGUCAACCCUAGAAAGAAGCAAGUCCAACCAUUUUGAAAGCAAGGCUGUAAGCACUUGCUAUAUUUUUUUCCUUAUGCAGGGCCCUGCUUCUAACCAAAUUGAGCAAGGCAAAGCAAUAUCAAGUGGAACACUGCUGUUCAUUCUGGGGCCCUGGCAUCUCUUGCCAAUGCUAGCUCUUAGCUCUCUGUCACCUUUUGUGUUUACUGCUGGUGUGCUAUGAGGACAGGCUACAGGAGUUGGGGCUUUUCAGCCUGGAGAGGAGAAGGCUUUGAGGAGACCUUAUAGUGGCCUUCCCAUUUCUGAAGGGGACCUACAUGAAAGGCUGGGGAGGGACUAUUGACAAGGUCUUGUAAUGACAGGACGAGGGGGAAUGGGUCUAAACUGGCAGAGGGAGAUUCAAACUAGAUGUUAGCAAAGGGUUCUUUGCAGUGAGGGUGGUGAGACACUGGCACAGGUUGCCCAGGGAGGUUGUGGAGCGCAAAAUCACUGAAUGUGAUCUUCGAUGACAUGUGGUGAUUCUGUGCUCCACAACCUCCCUGGAGGUGUUCAAGGCCAGGUUGGAUGAGUCCUUGAGCGACCUGUUCUAGUGGAUGUGUCCCUGCCUAUGGCAGGGGGUUGGAACUGGAUGAUCUUUGAAGUCCCUUCCAACCUAAACCAUGCUGUGUAAUAGAGAAAUAAGGAGUUCUCUGGGACAUAGUAACACAUCUUGCACAGUGUCAAAACCAGUGCCAUGGUUGUAGUUAUGUCUACCUCUUUGUUUCCCUUCUGGGUUUUGUCUUGUCUUUUUUUUUUUCUGUGUGGUGUUCUUUGAUGGGAGGGGACAGCUGGGGAGAGGGAGGGAAAAAGUGGGAGGGCAAACUUGAAAUCUGAAUACUGAGACACUGGUGGAAGAUCCAGUGCUCACCAGUGUUGUUGUAUUGAAAAAGCCAUUGUUUUUAAUUCCUGCCUAGUGAGAAAUGUUUUUACAGAAUCCUUCCUGCUGGAAAGAAAAUCAUAUUUUUAAAAACAAAACCCAUCCUUCUUUUGGCUACAAGAAUGUCAGCUGUAUGAGUUGUGACCAUAUCAUGACAUACUGAUCAGCUACCAAUAAAUUUUUAUUUCUCAGGA